AUGGAGCCCAUCGACCUCGUACCGAGCGGCUACAGGUUCCUUCCCACGGCGGAGGAACUCUUGGUUGACUACCUCGCCAACUGGGUCGCCGGCGCACCCCUCCCUGGCCGCGCUGUCGCCUUCGCGGACGUCUACGGCACCGAGCCGUGGAAUCUUCUAGGCAGCGAUCGCCAGGAGGGCUAUUUCUUUGCGGAGCGCAAGCCCAAGAACAGCGGCGGCUCGCGCGUCGAUCGAAAGGCCGGCAGCGGUUCUUGGACUCUGUACAAAAAGCAAGAAACCGUUAAGUCCAUGGUCGGCGGGCGCGAGAUGGUGUUCGGGCGAAAGAGCUGCCUUUCUUUCAAUGAUGGCCGGCGGAAGAACUCCGGGUGGACGAUGUACGAGUUCGAGAUGUGUUCGUCCGGCGGCUUCGAGACACGAUCGGACGUCUCACCACAUCCAACCGCGGUGGUGCAAUCCGACGUCUCACCACCGCCAACCGCGGUGGUGCAACAUCCCUCAUUGGCUCCUGCUGUGACACCCCCACCCCCGGAGAGUCAUCUUUCCUCGGUCGACUCCGUUGCACCGAACGAAGCCGGAGUCGCAGCCGCCUCUCCAUCAUCAACGGACGUUGGUGGAGCCUUGACUACCAUCCCGAAGGCCUCACCGCCAGGCCUUGUCGAUCUUCUCUCGAUGCCCGAUGACACUCGGAUUGAUUCGACCACGGUCGCAGAUGUUUCCUCCUCAUCGUCGUCGAUAGACUUUGUUGCGUGCGAGCAGAUGCACAGCACCGACGAUGACUUCUUCGUGAGCCGGGAACGGGUCCAUGCCUCCUUGAUGUCCGAUGACACGAUUCCAGCCUCGGUGAUGUAUGGCACCAGCACUGAUUCAACCACGAUCGCAGCGGCUUCGUCGUCAUCAUCGAUCGAGAUUGUUGGGUGUGAGCAGACGGAGAACAUAGAUGAUAAUGACGACUUCAUGCAAUGGAUUGAAGCCCUUGUGAAGUCCGAUGACACCCCUAUUGAUUCGACUAUGACCUCGUGGUUGGAUCUGUAG